AGAAAGAGUGGAUUAAGGGCCGAACUAUCAGUCAGUCUCCAACUACUUUCUAAGCUGAAUGAUAUUUUCCCUAUAGGAGAAACCUAUAGAAAAUCCACCAUGAUACUACAGCAGUUUGCAGGUUGCAUGGUAAUCUGGACUUGAUGCAUGGCAGUUGCAUGACCGCAGGAGGUCUUGUUGUGGGACUGAGAGCACACAGCUGCAGCCAUGGCUCAAACCGUGCACGUGAAUGGCAAUGGCCCAGAAAAAGGACAAAGAUGCCCAAGCACAGAAGAUGAGAAGGACUCUGUGGCACCCUACUAUGUUGAAACUCCCUAUGGCUAUCAGCUAGACCUGGACUUCCUCAAAUAUGUCGAUGACAUUGAGAGGGGUAACACCAUUAGGAAGCUGAGUAUCCAGAGGAAGCCCAAAGUGGCCAAACCCUUGUCCGUGCCUCGGGGCAGCACUGGCGGGGGAAGCACUCAGGCUGAAUGGACCUCCACAGACUCUCUGUCCUCUUCCAACAGCGACGACAAGCAGUCCCCAGUCUUCUUCAACUCCAGGCCCCAGGGCACUGCUCCGCUGACCCCCACCCUCUCCAGGGCAACCUGUGAAGUCCCACAGCAACAAUCCUACUUGAGCAUUGCAGAGCAGAAGCAGCUCCUGCCACCUCCUUCGCCCAGGUUUGCCCCACGUCACAACCCGCAAGUGGAGAGGACCCUCAUGGAGACUCGUCUUAGGCUCGAACAAGAGCGUCUGCUCAUGCAGCCGCACAGCGAGCCUCCGAUGCCCCGCCGCCGUCUCGCCAGCUUUGGUGGCAUGGGCUCCAGCAGCUCUCUGUCCUCUUAUUCAGGCUCCAUGGCCCCAAGCCAGAUCUCUCCCAGCACCAAUCAGCCUCCCAACGGCCACCUCCUCAAUGGAGAGUAUAACCCCUACUACCCGCCAUCCAUGGGCAGCUCCAUCCGCCACAGCCCCAUGAGCUCUGGCAUGGCUACGCCUGUGACAAAUGUCAGCCCGUUACACCUUCAACAAAUUCGGGAGCAGAUGGUUGUGGCCCUUAAGAAGCUGAAAGAGCUGGAGGAGCAGGUGAAAACCAUUCCCAUCUUACAGGUUAAGAUUGCUGUUCUUCAGGAAGAGAAAAGACAAUUGGCUGCUCAGUCCAAAAAUCAAGGUCCUGGUGCCUUCCGCAAGCGUUCCUACAGUGUAGGCAGUGCUGACCAAAUGGAGAACCCGAGCCCCAUCCAAAAGGAAACGGAGCUGCACAUCAUGGAGCCUGAAGCCCAGGAGCAGAGCGCUCAACGGCUUGAGGAGUUCAGACGUCUGGCAGCUGACGUCCAAGCUCUGGAGAAGACAACCCAGGACAGUAAUAUCACAGAAAUUCAGCCUCAUAAGCUCAGACAGAACCAGGACCACCAAAGGUCCAUUGGUAUAGUUACUGAUGAAAACAUGAACAACCUUCCUGUCACUCACAAAAAGCUGACAAAUGAACGUUGUUUCCGGGACGCAGGAGUAUCGACAGGGCGGCAGGAAGUGCGCAGCGCGGCGGUUGGCGUGACCGAGGCCAUGCUGGGCAUGACCACUGAGGCUGAGAAAGAGAUUGAGCUCCAGCAGCAGACCAUCGAAGCACUGAAGGAGAAGAUCUACCGCUUGGAGGUGCAGCUGAAAGAAACUACUCACCAAAUAGAAAUGGGAAAGCUAAAACUGGAGCUCCAAGCAGCCGGCGGGUCGAACAAGAAAAAGGCGGACAAAGGUUUGAUGGCCAGGCCUGAGAUGUACAACGCCUGUGUGGAGGCCAAAGUCCAGAUGCGCAGCCAGGGAGUGGGUGAUCAUCUGGAAUUGAGCCAUGCUAACACAGCUAAAACUCUACAAAGCCACACUAUAGGAGUUUCCUGCCAACCCAGUGUGCAGAGUGUUUCCACAGGCCCAGAGAUCCCCAUGGACCGAUGGGUGGUGCAUGAGCGUGUGGAGGUAAAUGACCAGUGUGUAGGGAGACGGGUGGAGAUAUGUCACCAGCAGGUAGGCAUGGAGCUGAAUGUUUGUGAGGUGGGAGUUAACACAGAGGAGUCAGUAGACAGCUUGGCUCUCUGCAAACCUAUGACUGAGUUGAGCAAAGAGUCUAGAUCAGUUGGCUGCGGAGAUUGUUCAGUGGAUGUGACCGUCAGUCCACUCAAGAAGCUGGUAUCCCAAGGAACUGACCCAGAUUCGGUCAGCAAAGUGGACUCUGGUGUCAUGGCUGCUCCUGAGUCAGAAACUCAACAGACCAAUACUGAGAUAGAGGUUGUGAGCAAAUCCACCAACACAAAAACAGCUGUCCUGACUGACUCUUUCACUGACAUGGUGUUUAUCACUUGUAACAAGCACACCAACACGGCUGUGACUGAAACGAGGACGGUUGCUGCUGGAGAAGGUCUUGUGAAAGAUGUUCACUCAACAGCAAAUAUGCGUUCGAUUGCCGUUGGAACCACCACAGAUGUAGAGUCAUUCUUUGGCAAAGAGAGCUCUACUAAAACCAAAGAAUGUGGUGUGGGACCAGUUAGCAUCCAUGAGAACUUCUUGAUUGGCUUAAAAACCAGGAACAUAGCAUGCGGCCCCUCUCAGCCAAAUGAAUCUUUCUCGAGCAGCAGCAAAGAGACUGUGGAGGGUAAGACUGGGGCUGCACCACUGCAAGCUCGGGCCCAGGGGGGCGCCGGACUGGACCAUUACAUCGAGAGGGUGCAGAAGCUGCUGCAGGAGCAACAGAUGCUGCUAGCAGACAACUACAGCGAGCUUGCAGAAGCGUUUGGUCAGCCCCAGUCUCAGUUUGGAUCCAUCAACAGUCAGCUGGUCAGCACGCUGUCGUCCAUCAACACGGUCAUGAAGUACGGAAGCACCGAGGACUUCCUCAAGCUGCAGUCAGACUCUGUGAACUCAAACAAAGAGAGCAGUCAGCAGCUCUGCGCCCAGUCGCGGUCUGUCCGGACAGAGCGGUUGCAGAUGGAGAAGACUGUAUCAGGCCUGACUCCUGCAGAUAAACCAGCCAACGUUCCUGCGCAGCAGCAGCAGAUCAGGACAGCUGAGCAGAAAAGCCGUAUGGACCUGCAGAUGUCUACAGCGCUGCAUGGGCAGCCGUGCAGCCAGAACACGCUGAAAUCCAUCAUGAAGAAGAAAGAUGGCCGACCCGACUCUAAUGGCACCAAGAAGAACCUGCAGUUUGUCGGGGUGAACGGAGGGUACGAGACUACAUCGAGUGACGACUCCAGCUCGGAGGACAGCAGCUCCUCUGGGUCGGAGGAGGAAGAGGAUGAAGAGAAGGAGUACGGAGGAAAGGAGGACUAUAAGAACGUGGAGGGAGGGCGCACCAGGGAGGAGUUCCAGCCUGAGGGAGCCGAGGAUGUGGAUAAGAAGGAUGAAGAGGAAAGUUCAGAUAAGGAAAAGAGAGAGAGGUAUGAGCUAAGUGAGAAGAUGCUGGCUGCGUGCAGCGUUCUCAAAACUCACCUCAGUGACCCGAAGGCUGUGAGCAGCAAAGAUGUG